AGGGGUGCAUCGCAUGUCGUAUUCAGCUUAGGCGGGGUAAGAGCUAAAAGCUGAUAGUGCGACUGACCACCACCUGCGACUGUUUUCGCCAUGGCUACCCGUCGUGUUUUUGAUCUGGCAUUCCUCUCGCUUCUGGUUUCUGGCUUGAUCUUUGAAUUCGUGUACAUGUCUUGACAUCUUCUUCUUUGCCGCCAUGUCUGACGUUGGAAACGAGAAAGGACCAAGUUACGAACAUGAUCGAGAAAAUGGAGACUGUGAGAGAUUGCUUGCAGAUCACGAAGGGACUUCCUUCGAUUUGCGACCGUCGCGACAAACACCGCGGCAUUGGUCAUGGUUAGCAAUUGUUACCGCCUUUCUUGGCACGGCCAUAUUGUCUGCCUUCCUAGGAGCGUGGAUAGUUCAAAGGGAGCGACUCGAUGCAGAUAAAUUUUGCAUCAGGCACACCUCGCAGUAUUCUCCGAUCGUCAAGGAUGUUGGGAUUACCUACAACCAGAUCCAAUUCAACGGUUCCUUGUUGGUAUCAAAUGCGUAUCGACUAGACGCUGGACCUGAAGUGGAUGCGGCGUGGAAAGAGUUGGGGGUGGACUAUCAUGCCGCAAGAGUACCAGUAGAGGAGGCCAGAAGGUCGGGUCUUGCCUCGGACCAAGUAAAGAUCAAAGAAGAAUACGGAGGUGGAUAUCCCGCACACGUGGAAGGCUUGCACCAUCUGCACUGCUUGAAUCUGUUGCGAAAGUCCUUGUCUUGGAAUUUCGAGUACUAUCAGAAGCAAGGGCUCGGUCCGUUCUCCAACGAUGGGAACAUUCUGAAACACCACGUCACACAUUGCCUUGAUAUCUUGCGUCAGCAGCUCAUGUGUACGGUUGAUAACGGCGUUCUGGGCCAAGUAUGGUAUCAACCUCCGGACAAACCAUUGCAAGCCUUUGUCGACUUCAAUACCGUCCAUACGUGUCGGAACUUUGAUGCGAUUAGGGAUUGGGCAGAAAAGCAUCAGCUACCGGCAGUGGAAGAUACACCGCCCGAUUUUCUCCAACUACCGGAGGAAGGUGAUCGGAUAUAUCAUGAUGUUCCGUAGACUACCAAAAUGGCUCGGAGUUGUCGAGCGUCGCCCAUUCAUCUCCUCCAUCGCUCCAAUCUCUCCAAAUAUCUUUCGGUAUUAUAUCCAACUGGCCGUGACGAAGUCUUGCAAAAUCUACGUCGAAAGGAUGCGGCUUGAAUGUCUGCCCUUGGCUGCUGGCUCGGUUCAUCAAAUCGAGCUUGUACAUGCGCACUAUCCUCGCAGCAGCACGAACA